UAAGAACGGGUGUUAUCGUUUGGUUGGAAUUCGAACGGGUUCUGCGAUGAAUCCAAACCCGUCCCACUCACCAAUCCGGUCAGCUUUUUCAUCAUUUCAGUUGCCGAAGAAGCAGAGGUUGAUGAACAUGGGAACCGGAGGACAAAGAACAGCGGGUUUGGUGGUGGAAAGAGAAAGCUUUGAAGAGAAGCCCUUUGGGAAUCCUCUCUGUGCUCAUUGCUUGAAUUGGAAUCAAAGUACACUCAAAAGGUUUCCAAGAACUGAGAGAGAGAGAGAGAGAGAGAGCUAGCUUUCACGUCAACAUUGUGGCCAACGAAAAUUCAAGCUCACAUUUUGAUUGCUCUGAACUGGACUUCACACCACACCCAACUCUGAAAGAGCCCUCUCAACCAGAAACAAUGUAAGCCCUCGUUUUGCUUUCCCUAACUCUAUGCCACUCGCUUUGUGACAUUGUUGAAGGAGGGAACUGUCCGUCACAACCAAAAUGUCCAAGACAUUCCAUCGUUUUGUACCCGAAAAGUGUCGUUGCAACCGAAUUUACAUUCCAUAGCCGUUUGAUGUUUUUUAACCCCCAGACAAAGGGGAGGAAAGAAAGGAAGUGCAGAAAGUCAGUUGCAGAUUACAGCCCGGAAUGGCAAAGCGGUCCGAUUUCGCUCAGAAGCUGUUGGACGACCUCAGGCUGCGGAAAGAACGCCUGGCCACAUCUCAGAGCUCGAGCCGAUCGCAUUACAAGACAGGAGAUGCAUAUGGCUACUCAAGGCAAACAUACCAAGGAUCAACACAGAAUAGGACGGGUGCUCUGAGAAGUGCAAACACUCAAAGUAGGUCGGGUGGAGGCCAGAAAUUACUUUACAGCGGAGAAGCUUCAAACCAGAUAGUCGCGUUCCGCAGAGGCCAGAGUUCACAGCAAAUAGGAGACCUGUCCAUGGCUCUCGCUCUCGCCUUCGAAAAUGGAGGAAAGCUCCGAAGGAUGGAUUCGUCGGGCAAUGCUUCGAUGCUAACUUUCCUGCAGCAAAUAGGCCGAGGCUCUAUGGAACUCAACCAGAUGGAAAGGAUAAACAGCAUGGAUCGGCGUCAUUCGUCGACCAUCCGAGUCCCGAACCUCUCUCAAUUCCACAUCAAAGAGAUAUCGAAGGGCGCGCAGAAAUUGAAUCAGAUCCUAAGGGCUUGGUCGAACGGAGCAAACUUGGAUAGGUAUUCGAUGGAAAUCGGAAAAGAGCUAUUGAAAGGGGCCAUGGAUUUGGAAGAGUCGCUGCGGAUGCUAGUGAACUUGGAGGAUGCUUCAGAGUUCAUGACCGAGCCACAGAGGAAGAACCGCUUAGUCCUGCUGGACGAUGACGACGACGACAACGAAGGAGACGUAAUAAAGAGUACUGACCAGAAGCAGCUUGUCCUGCCACCAAGGUUCUCCUUUGAUGAUCCGGCCAGACGCUCUCGCGGCAAUCAACAAUUUAAGGCCAUUCAAAGGCCUGGAUUGCCGGCUUUGACUUAUCCUGCAGAAGCCAAAAGUUUUCUCCGCAAAGAGCAAACUCAAUCUCACGUCAGAACAGCUUCUCACAAGCGGUCAACUAGCUUUAGCAAUAAUACCCAAAACCUCUCCCCGCUCCAGGAACAGGCGAAUCUCUCCAAUUCACCGCAAGCGAAACCGGAAAAGGGAAAAAUCUCCAAUGUUAUCGCUAAACUUAUGGGGCUUGAAGAACUUCCAGAAAAUCCCGAUACAAGAUAUAUCCUGGAGAAGGAUAAGAGCUCCAAUCAGACAUCAGACAGGAAGCUCCCAAAGACACAAGGGAGCACUGGGAAUGUCGAACCGAAGACCAGAGAUGCUCUCAAUCUUUCCGUGCCACGCAUCCGAAUGACAAAGCCAGGAAAGAAUCUAUCGACUCAGGACAUCCCCAGUAUAGCUCUGGGAGGGGAAAAGAGACAUGCUGCUAACAGCUUUAGAUUGGAGUUGGUCAGCUCGACUGAAAAACUGGCCCGGAAGGAAACUCAAGAAGUCAACAGUGAAACAAAGAAGGAGCGAACAAACACCGACCCGUUCAAUCCAAACAGCGGAGACCAAAAGCGUAAGCAGGAAGCAGAUAGGAGGAAAGAUGUCAAAACGACGAGAGAAGAGAGAAGUGCAGAGGUUCCGGACAACAAGGGAAAGGCCUACAAUGACGAGCUGUAUCAUAUGGCACCAAGAACACCAAGAAAAAAAGAUUUCAGACCGACCCUGCAAGAAAAGCUGGGGUACAAGGAAAGGAAAUUACAGGCGGAAAAGCGAAACGCUGACGUGUUGUUCCCAUUUCAUCCGCAAAAGCCUCAAAGAGAUAAUGGUUUUGAGCAAUCUUUUGUGCUGCAGAGACCAGAGCCACCUGAAGAAAAGCGAAUGCGAGUAGAGAUGAAGAGCCAGGACGUGAAAUCUAAAGGAAGCGAAAUCGUCCACAAGACUUCACCAAAGCCUGUGCAAGAGGAAGUAUUAAGCUUCCAAAGAAAGAAUUUGCAUCUGGACCAACCAAAACCUCAAAAGUUUGGUCCGGCAGAUUCUAUUUGUUACACGCAGGCCGACAAGCUUCCCGACCAAAGUCGACCCCAAAACCGUGUUCCGAGAAGGGUAAAAUCUGAACCAGGUAAAAGCAGGAAUAGUACCGUGCCGGUGGUCGAGGAGAAACGCAUUCUCGAACCAGCUCCAAGAGCAAGAAAGGUCACGGAACCACUGAAAAACAAGAUGCCUCGGAAGCUGAAUGAAAUGAAGAAAAAAGGUGGAGCCCUGGUGAAGCCACUCCCACAAGCUUCCUAUAAAGAAGGAGCAAAGCAGAUAAGGCGUGCAAGGCUGGAUGGUCCAGCGGAAACUGAACAAGGCAAAACCAAUAAAUUGGCUCACAGAGAACACAACGUCAAAUCUACAACAGCCGAAGCGAGCCUCCAGUGGCUGACUACUAAUGCACAUGAACACCAGAAAGAAGCUGAACAACUAGCUCCUGCUUAUGCUUGCGAUGUGGAUGAAAGCCACGAGCUCGAGGAAGCACGAAGCUUCCCAUAUGACUUGAAUCAAAAUGUGUCCUCUGUAAUCCUGAAUGAUCCACACUUCAACUCGGAAGAGUUAGGUCGAGAUGAAGAACUAAUUUCUGCAACAAUUGUUUCAGAACCAGCGGAUGGAACCCCUGGAGAGACGACUCAUACACAUCGACCUGACAAAUCAGAAGACUGGGACGAUUCGAAGUAUGGAGUUCAAGAGAAGUUGACGGAAUGCGAGAAGCGACUCAAGCACAUUCUGAUGAGGAGUCAACUAUUCCUGAACACAGCCGACGCACUUUUCAAGCUCGACAGCCCCGUGGCCCUCCUACCCAUCAGCUACGAGAACUCGCGCGGAGACGACGACAAGCUCAUAUUGGACUGUGGGUACGAGAUAAUGAAGAGGAAGGGGAGGAAGCAAGAGCUUGCCGCCCACCCCUUCAUGAAGAUCUCUGUCGCUUUUGUGAGGGUGAGGACGCUUGACGAUCUCGUCAAGCAGUUGAUCCGAAACUUCAACCAACUGAAACGGCACGGAAGGGAUGGGAAUCCCGAAUGCGAACCAGAGUACUAUGUCCCUAAGAUGCUCGAGGUGGAUGUGGAUGUCGGAGAUCCCGACACAAACUGCAUGUGGGACUUCGGAUGGAAUGACGCCAUGUCUGCCUUCCUGGAAAAGGACGACGUGGUGAGAGAUGUGGAGAAGCAGGUGAUCAGCGGACUCAUCGACGAGAUGACGAGAGAUCUUUUAGAUGCCUGAGCCAUUUUCGCCCGCUGGCAGCUCAAGAAUGCGAUCCUUAAGGUCGCCAUUUCCCAUCUUUUCUCAAUCAGUUUCGCUGCGGAAUCGCGAAAAUGUUGACCAUCUUGAUCUUGUUUUUUUGACUUAGACAUCUUUAAAGAGCGGUCCCGCGUCCAGCCUUCAUUUUUCCGAUUACCACUUGAAUUUCAGUGUUUGUUACUGUGGUCGAAAUCGCCGUGUAUCGAAAUAAUUUCGUGAUCUUGUGUGAUUCAAAUGGCAUGUACAGUUUUCUGAUGCUCGAAGAAUCAAACAAA